GGUGGGGGGACCUGAAAGGAUAUGCCUAUCCUGCUGGCUUUGGAAUGAGACCUAUUGCAGAAACUUUUUACACUAUUGAGCCCUUCAUACCAUCAGCCAGGGAGGGUACUCUGGGUCCAGUGUCUGUUACAGUGUAUAAAUCUGGUAAUAUUUCUGCUGCUAGUUCAGUUGAAAUCACAACUGUUAUGUCUUCUAAAAUCAAUGCAGCAACAAUUAGUACUGACUUGCAGGCACAAACUUCAAAUGUUAGCUUUGCUGCUGGUCAAGCCUCAGCUGUUGUGAAUUUUCAUUUCAUUAAUGACGCUGAACCAGAACAAUUUGAAAUGUUUUUGGUUGGUUUUGUUCCAGGUCAAAACAUUAAUAUUGGAACGCCAUCACAAGCUGAGCUGGGAAUAAUUGAUGAUGACUGUAAGUGAACUAUAAUAUAGUCAAAUGAUGAUAUUUAUAAGGAAUGAGCAUAAGCAAGCAAAUCAUCAUAAUUUUG